AGGAUGGGUGGGGUAAUGCGUAGUGUGGUUGAACGGACAAGGUGAAGGCUGUGAUACAUGCUCAGGCAAAGGACAGGCUUGAAUGGAAUCUUUUUCCUAGGGAGACCGUACGCUUCAGGAUUACUCACUCUUUGGAAAUAACUGCAUGUUUUAUUCAUUCAACCACAAUGGAGGCAACAAGUGAUACUACAAAAAUCCUUGAGAAGGGUCCUGAAUACCUUCGAAAGCAAAUGGAACUGGAGAGUGAGACAAAAGGAGGCAUGAGUGCUGUGGAGAGGCUCGCUGCAAGCAAACUGAAAUAUGUCAAAAGCAAGCAGGUGAUCAACUCAACUCAAGAGGCAGUAAUCAUUCUGGGAUCAGCCUCUGUGAGUAGCACUGGGUCUUCCAUCCGGAGCUCGAACCGUGGUGGGAAUCUUGUCCGAGGGAGUAACUCGAGAACGGCUACACGUGAUCCACAAAACACCAGCUCGCCAGGGCAGGUACGUCGAUCCAGCUCCAAAAAACGACCAGACUCUCUCUUGCUUUACAGGCAUAAAUGUGAGUUACUGAGAACGUCAGCAAAGGACCGGAAACACCACAUAACACCCAGGUUGCUGCCCAGUUCUGUGCAUAAAAGUGUUCCGUUACCCGAGGCAACAGAGAAGCAGUGUGAAGGUGAGCGCAACAAGGAAAUAAUCACCACACCUAAGGGAAUAGCAGAGGAUUGCAGCUCACAUGUAUUGACUGCUCCGUCAGAGAGGAGGAGGAAUGGAGCAGCAGAUCAACACGGCACAGAAAACAGGGAUUCUGGGUCAAAGGUGACAGCCGGUGUUGUGGGGAAAUUCGCUGGUCUCCUAACUGUUCCUGAGUUUGAAAGGUCUGGCAAAGGGGUCAGUCGGUCUCACUCUGACAUCAGCUCCAGGUACUCCAAACAUUUUGCAGACUUUGAUGUUUUUUUCAAGUAUUGUGGGCUGGGCGGUGAGGUUAUUGAGUCUUUGGGGAAGGAGAAUUUCUCUGCACGCUCAGAUGAAAUAGCAAUAAACACCCGGAGUCUCAGCGUUUCUACAGCGGACAACGGCUUCUCGAAGAACAGUGGAAACAGCGACGGACUACUGGAGGACAAGUUACAUGAAAGCAUGGGGCAGGGGACGUCAGUUAUUGAGCGCAAUGCAAGGAUUAUCAAAUGGUUGUACAGCUGCAAAAAUGCGAUAGAAACUGGAAAAAAGUUAAGAGACCUCGAUUGAGAUGUCUAACUAAGACCUAGACUUUUUGAUACUAACUCCUUGCUUUUGCCUGUGGACACUGGCUGUUGGUCUCACAUAUUUAGCUUGUGUGUACAUUUCAUGAUUUUAACAGUUUUAACAGAUUUUAACAGUUUUAUUAGUCAAAAAGAAAUACUCAACCACAGUGACAGGAGUCUCAUUCAGCUAAACUGAGCAACUAGACAAAAAUACUGACUGAAAUAUUGAUAUUCACUGAUAUUAAUAGUAAUUUAAUUUUCUUGAAUUGGAAUACUAACUAUUUCUGCUUAAAUAAUUCUCUACAAACUUGUAAAUAAUUAUUGAAUGGUUAAUAAAUAAUUUACUAGGUCAGUUAGAAGCUGGUAAUAAGUGCUAAUUUUGGGGUAAAUGAUUUAUGGUUCAUGGUUUCCAAAUGAAUUUGUAUUCUUCAGCAGGGUCUUUAAACAACCGUAAGCACCCAAGUGAUUUAACCUGCUUCUUAAAUUUAUAAUCCAAUAAAUGCACUUUCUCUUCAGCUGAAAGGUGCACAGUGCAUUACACACACACACACACACACACACACACACACACACACACACACACACACACACACACACAUACAAACACUGGUAAAAUCGUUAAAUGUAACUGCAGCCAGACAAAAGGCGUGUAGGUUGUCGUUAUUUUCCAGCCCAAGAAUCAGUUGGUCCGAAUCGUGUGUCAGAGGAAUGUACUUUAAUAAUCUGGUAGUUUAAGGCCAGUGAUCAGAUGUUAAUCAACCUCCCCUUCCUUUGCAAUCUCUGUCGGCUUUGUCUCUUCGACACAUUAUCUGACAUUCUGUCAUUAAGCCAACUCCCUGCUGAGUACCUGACACACGCACACUUGUGUGUGUUGCCCUACAGCUAAUCACCUAAUGCACAGCAGGUCUAUCGCAAUUCAGUCACAGCAAACAUCUAGAGAGAUAAACAUAUUCCACAUUGUCCUUAAAAAACAAUGACUUCAUGCAUAUUGAGUCCAGAGUUUUAACUGCGCAAGUGACAAAUAAUCUUUUUAAACUAAUUUGGUUGAUGCAAUGUGUCCAAUGGAAUAACCCCAAAGUCUGUUUCUCUCUCACCCACUCAGUAACAAUAUUGAUGUGAGUAUGGACUUAGCUGCACCCAUGUUUGAGAAACGCCUUUCACUUCUGCAGUAUAGCCUGGGUGACUAUUUAAAGUCAUGUCAUGCUCUCUCUUGUUUGAUGCCAGAACCUAGAGCCAGGAAGUUGAUGAUUCAGUUAGAAAAUGUCCACUUAACAUUUCAUAUGUGGUUCAACCUGCAAAAAUCAUUAGUGCAAAAUGUAUCAUUAUUGGCUGAAAAUGUACCCUGCUGGCAUUGCUGUGAACUUGUAUUAAUUAUUCUUAUAUUGGGAUUUGUAUUAUGUAAAAAGCUUAUUAUUACUGAUCCACAAAAUAAGACGAUGGUUGUGCUGCUGCCUGUUUUACAUGUGUUUUAUACCUAAGUUUUGUACAUUUUAGAGUUAUUAUUUGUCUUACAUAAACUGAAAUGUGUUAAUGGUAACACAUUGUGUGCACAUUUCAUCCUAUAUUGUGGGUAGGAUUCACUGAAUAUACAUGAUAAAAUUAAUGGAUCCUCAAUAAGGCCCAGUGAGGGCUGCUUGUAUUUGUUGAAAACCUUUUGAAUGUUCUGUCUGUCGCCUAAAGGGGGUGGUGUCUGUGAACAAGACUGCACUUAAUCAUUGUAAUCACAGGCACAAAGUGACAAUAUCCACAUAUACAAAAGUCUAAAUGGAUGCUUGAAAUGUCAGGCUAUUUUUUUGUUUAUUAGAGGCAGAACAAGAUAAAGGUGUUGCAGUAGUA